AUGGCUGACGAAACCACUGGCAAUGCCCUCGAGGUAGAGGUGGACGACUCGGAUGCGCGCUCGUUCGCCAGUGACUCCGGGUACAGUGACACAGUGUGUUCGACCGAGUCAAUUCGAUCGAGCAUAUUCGACUACGAAGUCCAGCACGGCCGGACAUAUCACGCGUACCACUCGGGCAAAUACAUCAUGCCCAACGACGAGGGCGAACAGGAGAGAUUGGACCUGCACUACCACGCGCUGCGGCUAUCGAUCGACAACCAAAUCACCCACGCGCCGGUCGUCAACCCUCACGGGAUUCUCGACAUGGGCACGGGCACGGGCAUUUGGGCAAUGGACGCCGCCGACGCCUACCCUGAGGCUGAGGUGGUAGGGAUCGACCUGUCGCCCAUCCAACCCAACUGGGUGCCCCCGAAUCUGCAGUUCGAGGUGGCCGACGUGGAUGAGCCGUGGGGAUUUGGCGAAGACCGCUUCGACCUCGUGCACACCCGGAUCAUGAAUGGCUUUGGCGUCAGCAGCUGGCCGCACUUCUACCAGGAAGCCUUCAGCUGUCUACGGCCCGGCGGAUGGGUGGAGAAUCAGGAAUUCGACUGUCAGAUUGUCAGCGACGACGGAUCCAUUCCCGAGAACAGCACCAUGACUGAAUGGGCCCGGCUGUGGAAUCGGGCCUGCGAGAUGAUCGGUAAGACCGGGAGGUGCGAUCCGCAUGGACUAAAAUGCCAGAUGGAGGAGGCUGGGUUCGUCAAUACCCGCAUCAUGGCUUAUAAGAUGCCCAUCGGCCCUUGGCCUAAGGAUCCUAUGCUCAAAGAUGCCGGCCGGUUUGGGCUGGUCGCCCUCCAUGCUGGGGUCUAUGGGAUGAGUGUGAGGCUGUUUCUGGAUGUCCUGGGCUGGUCGGAGGAGAGGCUACAGGCCUUUCUGGCAGAUUUUCGCCGAGAGCUGGCGAGAAAGUCGAUCCAUGCGUAUUGGCCGACGUAUAUCGUAUUGGGACAGAAACCUGCAGUCCCUGAUGGCUGA